ACAGUAUAAGCCGGACUCCCGAAAAUAGUCUUUUUGUUAACUGUGAGCCGGGGGUUUACUUGAUGAGUAAUAUGUGGAGGUACAACUUAUUGUGGUUUCCUUACAACGAAAGCUAAAGGCUGAUGGAGUGGUCUGUAUAUAUAAGAGUUGGUGACCAAAAUGAAAUGUAAACAAGAAGGAGAGGAUAAAAACGGUUCCAGAUUACCAAGAUUUGUAUCCAACACUAAUGAGGUUAAGACAAACCACUCUAAAUGCAGUGUGGAAUAGAAAGCCAUAUGAAGUGCCAAAUAAAAACAUGCCAAGGACCAUGUUUUUAUACAGAGGUAUAUUCAGGAUUGGAGUUGUCUUCACAGUUUUUAUCAUCACUCUGCGUUGGUUUAUUCUUUACAAGGCUCCCAAUGAAUCCAGUCCAUGGGAGCAGAACAGCAUUGAUCCAAACUAUGUUGAGAUUGUCCAAAAGUUUGUAUCUAAAGUCUUGCAGCAGGAAUGCAUUCCAUCUUCAGUUAAAAAAAACAUGUCAGUCUUGUUUUCUGGAAAAUACAAACCUUACAUCCUUCCUUUUCUGACAAAGGAUACAAUUCUGAAUGACACAAUAUUCCAGUACUUUCCACCUUUUGGAUUUAAUAAUCUUCAGCAUAAACUGGAAGAGAUUUUAAGUCUUUUUCCUGAUUUACCGAAAAAUAAAGUCACAGUGGAACCCUGUAAACGUUGUGUUGUGGUAGGAAGUGGUGGAAUUCUACGUGGAUUAGAGCUUGGUCAUCUGCUGGAUCAAUUUGAUGUGAUAAUCAGACUGAACAAUGCUCCAGUCAAAGACUUUUCUAAAGAUGUUGGCACCAGAACUACAAUCAGAAUGAGUUAUCCUGAAGGUUCCCCCAAAACAUGGGAUGAUUUUGAUCCUAAUAUAUUGUUUGUUGCUGUCAUUUACAAAAGAGUUGACUUUAACUGGCUUAAAGCAAUGGUAACAAAAGAACAAUUGUCUUUAUUUGACUGGAUUUUCUUUUGGCAAGAAGUUGCAGGAAGUAUUCCCAUCAAACCCUCACAGUUUCGAAUCUUAAACCCUGAAAUAGUCAUUCAAACAGCUAUGGACCUUCUUCAGCUUCCACCCCCUCGCUGGAAACUGUGGGGUCAGGACCAGAAUGUGCCCACACUGGGAGCCAUUGCUUCAAUUAUGGCUACAUACCUUUGUGAUGAGGUGAGUUUGGCGGGUUUUGGAUAUGACCUCAGCCAACCAGAAGCACCCCUGCACUACUAUGAAAAUACUCGUAUGGAUGCUAUGAAAAGUCAGACAAUGCAUAAUGUGGACAAUGAAAGACAGUUUCUGGCAUCCUUGGUGAAAGCUGGUGUGAUUAAGGACCUCACUGGUGGCAUACACUGUACAUUCUGCAAAAUGAAGACUUUGCAGCUUUAAUCAUCUGAAACUUUUUUUUUAGCCUUUAUGAUAAUUUAAAUAGUCCAAUAUCAGUAUUUUAUAUAUUUAUUUUUCAACAAUGUCAUACAAUUAAUAAAUUAUGCAAAUGUAUAGCAUUGCUGAAAGUAAUUUACAAGUUGUGUUGUUUGUUUGUACAGUAUUCCCAAUGUUGCUGAAGUAGAUUGCCUUCAUAUGAAACAAUAGACAAUGCUGCUACUGUUCAUUCUUUAGAAAUGUCUCUGUAUUGAAAUGAAUGCACUUUUUUGAGCUAUAUCUAGGAAUGUUUUACAGAUUUUUAAUAGAUUUAGAUGUAGAUUUCAGACUUGAUGCUGUAGUGUUAUCCUACUGGUACAUAAGGUAUACAUUGUGAGAUAUUUUUCAAGCUUCUAUAAUUCUAUAACACUAGAAUUACCAGAGCCUGCGAAAAAAACUCGUAGAUCCGUCCCACCUUCGCUUCUUAAAAUAGUUUUUACCUCUCCACCAGCCUCUUUUCUUCAUCUAAAUGUGCUGAUAAAGACAAACUGCAAGCAGCCAGCUAUUCCAUCCCCCCACCGACUUAGAAUGUGCACAAAUUUCUCCUAGCUCAUUCCUAGAUUGAUUAUCUGAGAGAGAAGUGGAGUUUUAGACUGGAAAUAAUAGAUUAUUUGGAACACACUCAUUUCAUGUGUGUUCCAUUUCUACAGUA